AUGCUGGGGACGCUGCUUUUGGCCCUCCUGGUGCUUUUACUGCUACAGGCUCAGCUCUCCGGGUGCUUUAGGGGCUCCGUUUUUCCUCUUUACUCCUCUUCCUCCUCCUCUUCUUCUUCCUCUUCUUCCUCUUCCUCCUCUUCCUCCUCUUCCUCCUCCUCGUCUCACAAUGCCACCCAGCAGCGGCUGCCCGGGGCUAUUAUCAUCGGCGUUCGGAAAGGUGGAACCAGAGCUCUCCUGGAGAUGCUAAACCUCCACCCAGACGUGGAAGUGGCGAAGGCCGAGUUAUGA